AUGGCUCCAGGGCCAUCACUAGCUCCGGCACCGGCACCAGACCUCGGAGGUACUCACCACAAGUUCGAUGGCGAAUCCCAAGUGAAGGACUUCAUCCACACCCUCCUGCAUUACGGCGGAUACAACGAACUCGUCGACAUUCUUGUCAACCUGACUUCCUUACCGUCAGAAAUGGGGAACUUAGUGUCUGAAGGCUACGUUUUAAUAGUUUUAGCUCCGAACGAUAAUUAUUCCCCAGAGACUUUUCUGUCCAUCAACCUUGUUAAAUGCCCACUAACCCAUCCUGAUAAUAGUUCAUUUCUUUUCCGUUUUCCUUUUCUCAUUCCGGAGUAUCAGACGGAGGAGAGUAUGUACAAUGCGGUAAGGAAAUUUGGUAAGAUCCGGCACGAUACGUUACGGGUACCCCACAAGGUUGUGGCGGAAGAGGCAGAUGGGUCUGUGAAAUUUGGACAGGGCGACGAAUCGGCGUAUCUGAUGGAUCCUGACAUCUACACCGAUGGCCGGAUUUCGGUACAGGGUAGCGAUGGCGUGCUGUUCCCCACUGAGGAGAAGCCGAAAUCCGAAACGAAAUUGGUCCAGCACAGUUCUACCACCAAGUCUACUGUGAAACCCAGGAGAGAGAUUGUGAGAUUCCGGCGAAGGGAUUCCGGUGCCGGUGGUGAUCAUUUAUUAGUCUUUAGAUUUGUUGAUGAGUCAUGGUCAUGGAACAGAGGCGGUGGUGGAGGAGAAGGAAGCGGCGGCGACGGUGGUGGUGGUGGUGCUGUCGGUGGUGGUGGAGGAGGCGGCGACGGCGGUGGUGGCGGUGGUGGUGUUGGCGGUUGGGGAGGAAAGAUAUGGGUGUUUUAG